AUGUCGAACUGCUCAUGGAGUGACCCUCUGGCGAGUGCAAACGUAUCCACUGCCUACGAACCAGCAUUGUUGGCCCAAGGAAUCAUUCCGAAAGGAACUGUUUCAUCGCGGAUACUCAGUACCUCUAACUUAGCUAAGAAUGUUCAGAGGCCUGCAAAAUCGGGCCAGCAUUAUCGUCCGAAUUACUCCAGCGACUUCGCGCUUGAUAGUCCAAGGUAUGAUAUCACAGGUCCGAAUACCCGACUGUACCACCCCUUGGCAUUUGACGACUUGAUUUCGUCUUCGAAUUUCCAUCCCCCUCCCUCGGCGAUUCAACCCCUAGAGACGACGCCACAAUAUAUGUCAUCAGCAUCAAGGGCCUCGAGCGCGUCGACGAUAUCUCAAACUUCAUAUCUAGCUACUGAAGCCAAGCAACGCCAAUCUGCCCGCGAACUGUUUGAGCAGCAUGGUAUCAGGAGGCCAACCGGUUGGUUUUCUGAUGAUGAAGACCUAUCUCUCUUAGGCGAUAGGACUGCCGGCCCCCGACGCUUCUGCAGAAUCUGCCACGUCUGUUCUACGCCAACUAGGUCGCAAACUCAUUGCUUAUCUUGUCAGCAUCGUUUAUGUGAAAAAUGCUUAUGCGAGGUCCCUAAGAGCACUGAAAAGGAGCAUAAAACAUUUUCGCACAACCAUAAUCAUACUACCAGGCAGGAUAAAGCACAGUAUACUAAACCAGCCUUAUCAAACCCGGAGCCCGUACGAUUAGCACAGGAAGUAUCACGAUCGCAUAACAGGACUAGGAAUAAUCGAUCGGCUCAGGGUACGGCCCUACACCAGCCAUCUUAUGCACAUUAUCAAGGAAACUCUGCCGCCAAGAUACAGCCAGUGACUUCGAAAAACAUAGUCAGUGAGAAGCCGGCACAACCCGCGGCACUAUACACUGCAAGUCUUGUAUCAGAAAGGCCAAACUCACCACAGGGUUUGCCCGUUCGCUCAGUGAAGCAGAAUCCUUUUGUGGUCGGUGAUAAGGAGAGGGUAGAAUCAACUACGGAAUCCCACGUUCGUGAGCCAUUAGCUGCCCGACAUUAUCAUUGCUACAGGCCCCAACCACAGAUAGGUGGUAGGGAUCAUGAAGUAUCUAAUAGCCAUGUAGAAUGUGAUAAUCCCAUGUGUAGAGCGACACAUGCCGGGCAUUACCCGUACCGACAUAGCAUCACUUGUGCUUUGCACCGAAGUGAAGAGUUCGAAAAGCAUGGGGGCUCGCGCAGAGAAUUACCAGUAUCAGACAAUCCUUCCGUCGCCCAUCCGCUAGGCCCGCAGUCUAGGAAAGACACGUUGCGACCCCCAUAUAAUACAAUCCAUCGGCAUCAUUUUGCAGGUCUCGAGACACCCUAUCAUAUUAUUGCAGAACAUAUUACUAGUGGCGCUAACCACGGAAUUCGGCACCUAGACAAUAAUCAUGCGGGUAAAACUGUCGAUGGGGGUAUCACAGGCCAACGCCAAGAGUUCAAAUCUACCGAAACCGAAUGUGCUUCCCACGCUGGUCGAGGAUAUGAGGAUAACCACGAUAUUGCAGGCACCCAUGCCAUAACAAGGGGUGAGGCUGCCAGUAGAGCACAUACGGCAAACACGGCGAAAGAGAUUGGACGUGGCACCCGAGGUAGGAAAUCUUUACCAAAAAGCCGUGUGUUCAGUCCACCAUCAUGGCUACAGGCGCCGAGUAAAGAAGCGGGCGACGCUCGGUCUAGACUGCAUCAUAUCGAUGUCGGAAACCACCAAGGGCGUUCGUUACACGUUGAUGUAAUGAACCUAGGGGGAGGGGGGGUAAAUUAUUCACGGAAAACUUCGCAAGCGGAAGAUCGGCAAGCAUCCUCACACGACAGACGUCGUCCAACGCACCUUCAGGUUGAAGAUAUUAGAUACUCACGAAAUACAUAUCGUAGCACCCCACUCGCUCGUUCGGAUAUCUCCAAUUCGCAGCAUAGUCUAGAGGGCUCCGAACGCCCUCGCAGCUUUGUGCAUGAACAAUCCCGGAUUAAAUCCAACGAUCCUGAAAAUGGGCGUGUUCAUCCCAGAGAUGACACCCGUACAGUACGCGAGAAUAGACAUUCUCCAUUGAGUACUACGACUCGUGCUAGCCACUCGCCUCUGCAGCCACGACAGAUCCUACGUGAUGUGGACGAACGCGGGAUGUUUGAAAGCAGGAGUGCAAUGCUGGAACCUGAAGAUAGAAAAUCGUCUGUCACAAUCACUGGCGCGACUUCGGAGUUCGAAGUUCACCGGCCCAGUCCCAUCUCGCCCUCAAACCACGAUUGUAGCUGGAAGGACCUCUAUCUGGCACUGACAGCUGAGAUUCGCUUGCUGAAGGCAGAACUGUCUACUAGGGCUUCCCUUGGCGGAGCAGAUGUCGAUUAUACAAGACGGGCUGGCGAGGACAUUGCGAAUGAAGAGGAUGACCUGGGGAUCGAGGGGGUCACGAUUGUUGUGCACUUGAAGGGCAAGGACGACUUGGUUAUCAAUACGGACUUAACCCAGGCAGUCGAAUGA